AUGGAUGCAUCUAUUGAAAUAAAGCAUCAAUUUUCUAAAACCAAAAUAUGUAAACAUUUUUUAGAAAACAAAUGUACAAACAAAAAAAACUGCAACUAUGCUCAUGUGUUAGAAGAAUUAAAACCAUUACCAAAUUUAAAAAACACAAAGUUAUGUAGCAGCUUAAAAAAAAAUAUACCAUGUAAUAAUCAUCUUUGUGCAUAUGCUCAUGGAAUUGAAAACUUACAACCAAGUACAAAUUUGUCUACAUACAAAACUAACUUAUGUUAUUUUUGGAAAAAGAAAAAAUGCAUGAAUCAAUGGAAAUGUAGAUUUGCUCAUGGAAUCGAAGAAAUUAGGCCCCUCAAAACAGAAUCACAAAUAAGCCUCAAUCCAAAACGUAACUGGAACGACCAAGUUAACAAAAAAAUCGAAAACAAAACACCAAAAAAAACAGAAAAAAAAGAAGAAAAUAUAAUCCCACAAUAUACAGAAAACAUAUUUGAGAAAAUUCAGAAUGAAAAGCAGGAGAAGGAAGAAAUUGAUUAUGCUACCGAAAAUAUAAAUUGGGAUUUUAAUGUGAACAAAAAUAAUUCAAAACAUAAGCAUGAAAUGUUUAAUAAUAAAAAAGAAAUAAGGAAAAGCAAGGAUGAUAGUUCUAUGAUGUGUAAUUUUAAACUCCUAGAAAAUUUAUCAACUAUAGACAGCGACUUUUCCUAUUUUGACGACUGUUUUAUGCAUGGAAAUGAUAAAGAUAACAUAAAUGAUAACAAAGUUGCAAAUACAUAUUUUGAUAUAUUUCCUACCAUGUAUAUGAAUGAUUAUCCCAUAUAUGGGGACAAACAAAUUUGUGGAAGUACGAAUUGUAGUAGUAAAGAUGAUAGUUAUAACUGCAUUCAAAUAUUCGAAGGCGAAGAUAAUUUAUCUUAUGACAUAAGUUCAUUUAAUUUUGGUUUUCUUACACAAAACAAUGAUUACCAUACAAAUUUUGAUAAAAAAAUAUGUACAGAUAUGAGUAAGAGUAUUCGAAACAAUUUGGAAAACCAUCAAAAUGAUCAAGGAGAAAUAAUUUCGAAUAAUAAUAAAAAGCAUUCAGAAACAAAUUCUGAAUAUCUAAACGAUAUUUAUAAAAGAAUAAAUGAACUCUCCAAAAAAAGAGAAAAUGUAUAUAUAUACUAA